AGAAAUUAAUUGCUUUCCGAUUCAGAAUCCAAUGGCUCGGCUUAUCUUUCUUUUCCUUGCCUUUCUCUUUCUGAUCACUAAUGUUACCAUUAUUAGCAAUUGUAAUGGCAACUCUGUUCAUGCGGUCUGCAUUGAGAGCGAGAAAGAAGCCCUUUUGAAGUUCAAGCAGGGUAUCGUGGAUCGCACCAAUCGAUUGGCCUCUUGGCAUUUCAAUGGAGACUGUUGCAGAUGGACAGGAAUUGUCUGCAACAACGUGACUGGUCAUGUCAUUGAACUCAACCUCAGAGUACCUACAUUGGAUUACAACUAUGACAGUGUGGCUUUUGAGGCUUAUGUGAGAUCAUGGCUGGGUGGUAAGAUAAGUCCUUCUUUGCUCCAUUUGAAGCAUUUGAGUUAUUUGGAUCUCAGCAACAAUGAUUUUGGAGGAAUUCACAUUCCCAAGUUUUUUGGUUCUUUGGGGAGUUUAAGAUAUCUUAACCUCUCCUAUUCAGUAUUUGGGGGGAAAGUUCCUCACCAUCUUGGGAAUCUUUCUUAUCUGAAAUAUCUCGAUCUUGGGAAAAAUAAUUUGCAUGUUGAGACUCUCCACUGGUUGUCUAGUCUUUCUUCAUUGGAGUACCUUGAUUUGAGUCGUGUGAAUCUUAGCCAAGCCUCCAAUUGGUUUCAAGCAUUAAAUACACUUCCUUCUUUGGUAGAAUUACACUUGUCACACUGUCAACUUCCUUAUAAGCUCCAUCCCAUUGCAAGUGUAAAUUUAUCAUCUCUUGCUACCCUUUCUCUUUCUCGGAAUUCUUUCCAAAACUUGUCAAUGAUCAAUUGGGUUUUUGGUCUCAAGAACCUAAUUUCCCUUGAUCUAUCAAGAAAUUAUAUUGAAGGUCCAAUCCCUUAUGGUCUUCAAAAUUUGACUUCGUUGAAGCUACUUGAUCUAUCAUCCAAUUCUUUCACUUCCUCAAUACCUAAUUGGUCAAUUUUUGGUCUCAAGAGCCUAAUUUCCCUUGAUCUAUCAGGUAAUUAUAUUGAAGGUCCAAUCCCUUAUGGUCUUCAAAAUUUGACUUCGUUGAAGCUACUUGAUUUGUCAUCCAAUUCUUUCAAUUCCUCAAUACCUAAUUGGUUGGUUCUUGGUCUCAAGAACCUAAUUUCCCUUGAUCUAUGGGGUAAUCAUAUUGAAGGUCCAAUCCCUUAUGGUUUUCAAAAUUUGACUUCGUUGAAGCACCUUGAUCUGUCAUACAAUUCUUUGAAUUCGUCAAUACCUAAUUGGUUGUACACUUUUGCUCCUCUUCAGUCUCUAAAACUUGGAGAAAAUCUCUUGCAAGGUAAAAUUUCAAGUGACAUUGGAAAGAUGAACUUUGUUGUUGACCUUGACUUGUCCUUUAAUAGUUUUGAAAGUCAAAUCCCAAUUAGUUUAAUAGGAAAUCUUUGCAAUUUGAGGUCACUCUCCCUCUCAGGUGUCAAUUUGAGUCUAAACAUAUCAAAUGUCUUAGAAGUGUUUUCUAGGUGUGUUUCUAAUAAAAUAGAGUUAUUGUCCUUGGGUGACUGUCGCCUCUAUGGACAAUUAAGCAACCAACUAGGGAACUUUAAAAAUUUGAGAGAGUUGCAUUUGUUUAAAAACUCAAUCUCUGGUUCAAUACCAGAAUCCAUAGGAAAGCUUUCAUCCUUAAAAUAUUUACAACUCUCUCAAAACAAAUUCAAAGAAAACCUUCCUGAGUCAUUUGGUCAACUCUCUAAUUUAGAAUAUGUUUAUAUAUCAAAUAAUUUUUUAGAGGGUACUCUUUCUGAGAAACACUUUUUUAACCUCACAAAUUUGCUUUAUUUAGUUGCAAAUGGGAACCCAUUGAUUUUGAAGGUUGAUCGUGGUUGGAUUCCUCCUUUCCAAAUUGAAACCUUAGGAUUAAGAUCUUGGCAUUUAGGACCACAAUUUCCACAUUGGCUUUCUUCUCAAAGACACCUAGAAUUCUUAGACAUAUCCAACUCCAGAAUCUCAUGUAUUCUCCCCAAUUGUUUUUUGGACUUGCCUCCUCAUUUGAGAUUUCUAAAUCUUGCUCACAAUCAAAUUCAUGGGCAGCUUCCAAGUAUUUCUACCUUCAACGAUUCAUUAUCACAGAUCUUCUCUAAUCUAAUUUUCUUAGACCUUUCUAAUAAUCUUCUAUCAGGUUCCCUUUUCAACUUUUUGUGUUUUGGGGUUAAUGAGACCAUGGAUCAAAAGUAUGUUCUCAAUCUUGGCAACAAUUUUUUCUCUGGAGAGUUACCAAAUUGUUGGUCCAAGUGGCCAAAUCUAGAGGUCAUUGCAUUAGAUAACAACAAAUUUACAGGUGAAAUUCCAAACACCAUGGGAACUUUACAAUCCCUUCAAUCGUUGCAUCUUCAUGGUAAUAACCUUUCAGGAGAAAUUCCUAUGUCAAUAAAAAACUGUACAGCUUUAGUGACCCUUGAUUUUGGUGAAAAUGAAUUGGUUGGGAACAUCCCAUCAUGGAUGGGUCAUAACCUUCUAAAUUUGACAAUCUUGAGGCUACGUUCAAACAAAUUUUUGGGGCAUAUCCCUAAAGAGUUAUGUGCACUCAGUUUUCUCCAAGUCUUGGAUGUUGCUCAAAAUAGGCUUUCCGGAAGCUUACCAAGUUGCAUUAGUAACUUAAGUGCCAUGGCUUAUUUUGUAAAUGGCUCAUUUGGGAACUACAUUACAUACAAUAGUAACACAUCAAAUUUUAUUGAGAAUGUAUUUCUAGUGAUAAAAGGCCAACGUCAUGAAUAUGAUCAAACUCUUAAUUUGGUAAGAGUCCUUGAUUUGUCAAAUAACAAUUUAUCAGAAGAUAUCCCUUGGGAAAUAACUAGGCUUCAGGGGUUGCAAUCACUAAAUUUGUCACAUAACCUUUUCACUAAAAGGAUCCCUUCAAAUAUUGGUGACAUGAGUUCACUAGAAUCUCUUGAUCUUUCUGUAAACAAAUUGCUCGGGUCAAUCCCUGAAAGCAUGUCUAGAUUGUCAUUUCUAAGCUACUUGAACCUAUCUGACAACCAAUUGAUGGAAGCUAGGGAAUGCUGAAAUUUUAAACAAGGAAAAAAAUAAUAAUAGAAAAAAAAUUAAGACCAAGAAUGGUGAUGGUGCCCUUUAAGCCUUCCUCCAUCUUGCAAAUUUCAGUUAAUAACGAGCUUUAAGACUC